CCCGCCCAGAAAGUUCGCCUGGCUCAAUCAGGCCCGGCACUUUAAACUCUGCCAGCUGUUAGCAGCAGCCAGUCCCCACAGAGCGGCUCACACUGAGCUCUCGGGAUCACCAGCAACAGCCAACGCUGUUGUAUUCCUCCUCGACUGGCUCUUGCCGAUUUUCGGUUGUGGUCCGGAACGUGUAAUCCACGAGAUUCCUGAUGACUUUUGUGAACUCUGCGACAUCCCGAGCCGUUUACUGACACUUGGUGAAUCUGUCCGAAGGGCAUCGACAAUCCUGCACUGUACAGGAUACUCCACCCAGUCUCCUCCGCCAGCUCGCAUACCGACGGUUCGCUGCAUUCAAUGCAAAGUGCAGCAUCAACUGACCCAAAGGAACAGCCAGUCAUCAGAUCAAACAUCAGUCAUUUAUUCAGCAGUUAAACUCCAUGAAUUUCCUCGGGACCGAUGUUCAGGUAUGUUCUGACCGACUAGUCAUUCUGAGGUUCUAAGAAGAAGGUUGAAGAAGUAAACACCGGUUAGAAGACUGAGCAGAAUGGAUGUGGGGCACGCAGCAGUUGACACCUCACUGAGCCCCAAGUUCAGCGAAUAUUAUAACAAUGAGACGGUUGUCUUGCACUAUAAUUACACUGGGAAACUGACUCCGACCCGAUACCAGGCGGGGUUGAAGGUUCACGCGAUCGUGUUUCUAAUAGUUUGUCUUGUUAUAAUAUUUGAGAACUUACUGGUUCUCAUCGCCAUCUGGAAGAAUAGCAAGUUCCACAAGCCCAUGUACUAUUUGCUGGCCAACCUGACUCUAUCUGACAUGCUGGCAGGAGUCGCUUACAUGGUCAACAUCUUGCUGUCCGGUGCCAACACACUGAAGCUGACCCCGAUCUUGUGGUUCUUGAGAGAGGGGGGCGUUUUUAUCACACUCACAGCCUCCGUCUUCAGUCUCCUGGCCAUCGCGGUGGAAAGGCAUGUCACCAUGGUGAGAAUGCAACUGUACAAUACAGAUAAGAAGUGGCGGAUACGUCUCUUUGUGGCUGCAGACUGGACUAUCUCGGUGUUCCUCGGAAGUCUCCCAAUCAUGGGGUGGAAUUGUAUUGGGAACUUGUCAGAAUGCUCCACAGUGCUGCCACUGUACUCCAAGAAAUAUAUUCUAGUUUGCAUCUUGAUCUUUUUAUCAAUCUUGUUUGCAAUCGUUAUAUUAUACGUUCGGAUUUAUCGUUUAGUGAAAUGCAACAAUCCUAUGGAAGGCACAUCGAGAAGCAUGGUGUCCAGAAGGUGUCAGAAAUAUUUGGCGUUACUCAAAACUGUUACCAUUGUGGUGGGCACCUUCAUCGCCUGCUGGUUGCCGCUCUUCAUCGUGCUGCUUCUGGAUGUUUCAUGCACAGCAGGGACUUGCAGGAUUCUUUAUAAAGCUGAUUAUUUCCUGGGGCUGGCCAUGAUUAAUUCAGCACUGAAUCCCAUCAUUUACACUCUGACCAGCAGAGACAUGCGCCGGGCCAUUGUGCGCCUGUUGUGCCUGACCAAAGAAGGAGAACAGGCUAAGUGCUGCGGGAUCUUGGUCUCUGAAUGCAGCAGCAGUCAGAUAGACAGGUCAUCUCACAGGCAUGAGCCCCUCCAUACAACUCUGUCCUCUGGCAACGGACCUCAAUCACCUACGAGAACCUCAGUCGCCUGACUUGGAUGGCCGCAGUGUCCAGAUUAACACUGACCUCAGACAGGCAGCACUUGUUGGCCGGGAAACUACACCCACUUUCUGCGUCUUGCGUUGUAGGGAUGACCGGAGUUAAUAAACCUGCCCGGUGCCCAAUUAGGAGAGUGCUGAUGUGUGGCAGGAACAGAAAACAGAACAAUUGUGGGCAGCCUGAUACCAUAGCCUGGCUUCUUGUUGGCAUUGAAAACCUUUCGCAGGUUUCAGCACAGCUUAGAAUGUCUAAGAGUUGAUGUAACAUAUUUCCAAAAUCGUUUGCUUGUUUUAAAAUGAAAUUUGAUUGAUGUAGACCAAUAUGAGGUUGUUAAAAGAAACGCUUUUAAUAAUAUCAGCAGCAGAUAACUCAGCCUGUACCUGCGAUAAUCCAGCCUCGCAUUGGCUCCAUGAAAUAAAAGUAACCAAUUAGGCACAUAAAUUCAACAAAACUCAACUUUAAAGAUGUAAAAGGAAGUUCGUGAUGACUCCACCCUCGUGUUGCAAGACACAAAGUUGUAUAACGAGUAUCGAAUAUUGAGAAUCAGUGCUAGAAACUAGCUUUCCGCCUUCCGAUGUGACAUUCUUUGUAGGAAUCCAGUUAGCUCUGCUCACACAGCACUUUGUCAUUCUGAAAUACAAUCUCCCCCCCCCCCCCCCCCCCUCCCCACUCUGUGACAGUUUGAACCCCGGAGUAAAUGCACCGCGGGAAAAGGCAGCGAACAUAUAUUUCAAUUCAGCUCGACUCCAGAUUAUAGCAACAAAUUCCUCCGAAGAGUGUAGCCGAAGGAGGUUUAAACCGAUUAAAAUUUAAAGCAACAGCAAGUAUUAAACAUUUCUGGUAACUGCAGAAUAAUGUUGCAUUAAACUAAUAGGGGAGUAAUAUAUUGAAUAUAUUUAAGGAGAGAUUGAGUAAAUCUCGGUAUGAUUAUUACUCAAUUGACAAUGCCAUUUGAAAUGUUAAAGACAUAAACUGUGAAGCCAAAAUUAACUGCUAUGCGCUCAAUACAUUGCUGCCCAUGUUCCUUAGCAAAAGGAGAAGAGCGGGCCAGAGGGUCACAGUUGAACACACGCACUUGCAAAGUCAAGAUAGGAUCAAUGCUCUUGCCUUCCCAUCAAGGAUGAAAAGUUCCUACUGAUUCACACAUUUCCACUUUGAGCUGUUAACUCUUUUCCAAGGUUCACCUGGCUGCUAUACUAAAAUAGCUGGUUAACAGUAAAGCUGGAGGAACACAGCAGGCCAGGCAGCAGCAGAGGAGCGGGAAAGCUGACGUUUCGGGUCGGGACGGGACCCUUCUUCAGAAAUGAAGAAGGGUCCUGCCUGACCCGAAACGUCAGCUUUCCCGCCUGCCUGGUCUGCUGUGUUCCUCCAGUUCCACACUGUGUUAUCUCAAACUCCAGCAUCGGCAGUUCUUACUAUCUCUGGUUAACAGUAAAUCCUGGCUGGUGCUUGGAGUCCCAGAAUGUCAUCACAAAGUUGUUAUCCCAAAUAAAAGUGGGCUGGAGGAGCAGUUUAGGAAAUAGCCAGCGCUAUUCUAGACUGAAGUAUCUUCCUACUGGACCUGUCAGCUUGGUGCAGGUGAGCUGGGGGAAGUUUCAGUUUCAAAUAAUUUAAAUACAUCAGAAGCUAAUCAACUAUCUUUUUACAGCUAGAUAAUUCAAGCAGCAACUUAUAGACGUCAUUGUAGUUCUGACCAGAUUGCUCUCAAGGAAACGAAGGGUGAAACAUAGAAACAUAAAAGAUAGGAGUAGGAGGCCAUUCAGUCCUUAGAGCCUGCUCCACCAUUCAUCACAAUCAUGGAUGAUCACCCAAUUCCAUAGCUUAAUCCUGCUUUCUCCCCAUAACCUUUGAUCCCACUCAUCCCAAGUGCUAUAUCUAGCCGCCUCUUGAAUACAUUCAAUGUUUUGGCAUCAACUACUUCCUGUGGUAAUGAAUUCCACAGGCUCCCCACUCUUUAGGUAAAGAAAUGCCUCCUCAUCUCCGUCCUAAAUGGUCUAUCCCAAAUCCUCAGACUGUGACUCCUGGUUCUGGACACACUCACCAUCAGGAACAUGCUACCUGCAUCUACCCUUUCUAGUCCUGUUAGAAUUUUAUAAGUCUGCAUAAGAUACCCCCCCUCAGUCAUCAGAACUCCAACGAAAACAAUCCUAACCUAGUCAAUCUCUCAUCGUAUGUCAGUCCCGCCAUCCCUGGAAUCAGCCUGGUAAACCAUCGCUGCACUCCCUCUAGAGCAAGAGCAUCCUUCCUUAGAUAAAUAAAUGAUAGCCCAAAUAGUGAUGCUUACAUCCCAAAUUAUUUUUAAAAUUGCAUUAAGCUCCUGUUGAAUUGAAUUAGCUUUAUUGUCACAUGUACUGAAAUGAAAAGUGAAAAGUUUAUAAAUUGCACUUACACUGCCAUCUUAGGUAAAAAGGUGCCUAGGUACAAUCCUUAGAAUAGUUGGUGGUACAGAAAUGCUGUCACCAGCUUAAACCUCAACAUUUGGACAUGGAGAGUCUGCAAUGAGAGGUAGUAAUAAUCUCUUGUCACAUUACUUCAUUGCUGAUGUAGAUUUUUUUGCAUUGGAUAUUUUUAUCCUACUGUUUGCACUGACUUUUCCCCCUAAGGUGCUGGCUAUUUGAUAGUUUGGGUCAAUGGGUGCCAGGAACGCUCCCGGAACUCAUCCUAAACCUCAUUUCUCCUAAUGAGUACAAGAGGUCAUUCAAUGGCAGGAGACAUCACAGCCAAGCCGGUCUCUAUCUUUAUUUCUACGUAUGUACACUUUUUAGCAGAGAUCACUGGACAAAAAUUAGGCUACUUGCGUUUCCUUGUAACAAACUGUAGCCUUUUUCCAAAUCUUCCUCACUCACCUCUAUCCCAUCAUUCCCUCCUCUAACUCUCUCUCACUUCCCUUUCUUUUCCCCUUUAACCAACACAGACCAGUAAUGGGUGAUCUCUUUCAUCUCAGUUGGAGUUGCACAGCGCAGUUUUUCUUUUCCAAAUCAGUGCAUAACCUGAGAUUUUUCCACUUUGAGCAUGCUGCACAAGAUACAAAAUUAAUGGGGCAUUGUAUUGUAGAGUCUGUGAGACAGAAUAAAGCAUUAUUAAUGUUGGCUCCUCUAACAUUGUGUGUCCCUUGCCUGAACUGGUAGCAAUUGAACUUCCUCAGUUACUUCUGAUGGUACAGGCCAAGCUGUUGAGUUAUGAACCCUUCAUACCGUCCUACUAAUGGCAUAGAAGAAGUUAUUCCAUCAUAAUUGUGUCUUGCACCUUUUUGCUCUCUGACAGAAGAAAUUCAACUGGACUGCCCAAGGAGGAAUGAACAAUUUGAAAUUUUCCAAAGCUAGUCCUAAAUUAAACAUUGUAAGAGCAAUUAUACAGCUAUGACCGGUAUUUGAUCUGUGAGAAUUGUGGGUGAAAAUGUUUAAUUUAAAUGCUUUGUUCUGAAAGUUUGAAUAAAGUCUUAUUGCUCAACAAAAAA